GGCCAACCAGGAAGCAUCUCCUGGAUUUCCCGCCCUCUCUACACACCUGGUGUUGAGUUGGUUGACUGUUGAAGGUUUGUCCUCACGGAGUCCGUUGACGACGCUUUUAUACGUGGUGAUCAGUUGGAAAGAUGUUUAAGAAUAAUCAUCAUGACCACAAGCAAAAAGUGGAAGCUAUGAUUAAGAACAUUAAUACAAUUUCUUUGGAGGUGAAGAAGAUGAAAGAACUCUCCCAGAUCCUGCUCUGUGAUCUCAAUCUUCAUUUUGGUCAGCCUAAGAAGAUGGAGGAUCACAAAGAGGCAGAAGCAAGCCACCCAUUUGAAGAGCCUGAGAUUCCAGAUGUAGCACUUGCUUCUAUCAGACUGUCUGACUGAACUCUGUGUGUCUGUCUGUCUGUUUUGAAUUUCUGGUUUUUGUUGACUUAAAAAUCUGGAAGAACUAAGUUUAGUAAUAUAAUUUAAAACAGUAGUAAAUUAGAAGUAAGCACA